AUGGCCGACGCUUCAAAGAAGAGGAAGCAGAACUCAGACAGUGCGCCGCAUGCAAAACGCGCUCGCUUUCCCCAGAAGCCACAGCACAACAUCCCCACGAUACCGACGAGGAACGCGUACCCCAAUGGCGAAGUCAAUGUCAAGAACUUCCUCAAGUCACACGAAAAUGAGAUCAAGUCGCUGGAGGGGGCGAUGAAGGCGGCGAAGAAGGGGCUGAUGAGAAGAGCUUUCCAAGAUGUGCCUAGAGACCUGCGCAGAAGGACUGCAAGCCACAACCCGAAUCGCGUACCAAAGCGGCUGAGGAGACAAGCACGUCAGGAAGCCAAGGAGGACAACACGCCGAUAACACGGGGCACAAGUGGCAGUGGAAUUGGAAAGGGCAAGAAGAAGCACCUCAGGAAGGAGGGCAUCGAAAAGAGCAAGAAGGCGCGGGCGCAGAGAGAGAGAAAGAAAGGCAGUGAGCCGGUGGGGACUAAACCAGGAGCAGAGAAAGUUCAACCCCUCUCAAAAACACCAAAAGCCAAGCCCAGGUUCCCGUCGCUCGCCACGCCCGCCACGCCUCCUUCACGAUUUCGCAGACGCCAGCGAGACAAGACAUGGCUACCAACACACAUAUGGCACACCAAACGCGCACGUAUGACCGAACCGAAGGACCCGCUCUGGCGGUUCGCGAUCCCACUUGCGCCAGUCGUAAAGGCAUACCGCCUCACCCAUCGGGCUGCAGUCCAGCGCGGAGCCGUUGCCUGGGACAUGAGCUACAUGUCGACGAUUGGGCUCGAGGGCGUGGAAGACAGCAUCGUUGGGCUGCUGAAAGGGCUUCACUUUGGCGCUGAAGAUGCUGAAGAUCCAUGGCAAGGGCGCGGCAAGGCGAAAAAGUGGAGGCAGGGCACGAGAAUCUGCGAAGGCUGGUUACACGAGAGAGAUGCGAAGCCUCUGAAGCGGAUCGCCCACGUGACGGUCGUUUGGUGCGCGCCUGAUGCAGUUGGCAAAAAAAGGAAAAUAUUCAUUCGGGUACACCCAAGUGCGUUUCUGCAGAUUUGGAACGAAGUCAUCCGCAUCUCAAAGGUUCAAAGGCCGGCAGUUGCUGUCGAAGACCUCCGAUUCGAGGUUGGGUCUAUUGAGAUCAUGGGCCCUGCAGCGGCAGAGACGCUGUGCUCCAUAUUGCAUCCAGCUGCCUCUGACGCUGCGCCUGACGCGCCUCAGUCACUAUGGUCUACGCUUGCUUCAGUCACAGAUCCUGGCACUCUGCCAGCGGGCGCAUUGCUUGCGUUCGACGUCUCAGAUCCUCGCCUUCGAGACCCCCCUACACCAUCUACGACACCCCCAAAUCUGUCGGCCCUGAUUGAGACACUCGCUGCCUGGCCCAUUGACAACACUUUGACCUCGCCCUCCAUCUUCAGCCGCGCUGCUCGACUAGAAGGGCAGAGGACACUGCCGUCGCAGAAGUCCAUCAACCGAAGACAGAGUGCGAAUACGCUUGGUGGAUAUCCAGAGCCGAGACCAACCGAUCCACGGAUCCCUAUGCUCACCUACGUCUCGAGAGAGAGUAAUUCUUGGACCAUCUUGCUUCCUUGGAAAUGCGUCAUGCCCGUAUGGCGAGGCAUCAUGCGCUACCCCGUAUCCACUGGAGGUAAUAAUCGCUUUGGUGGACUGAAGGAGAAGCGACAGGUUACGUUCGAACGCUCGGUGCCGAGCUUCCCGUACGAUUGUCCCGGUACCGCUGCUGGCUGGGCAUGGGAGCUGAAGCAACGAGACGUAAGGAAGCACGACUGGACAAAGCGGCCGAAGGGCAAGAGAAUUGAAUGGUCUACCAUUGAUCUUGGUAACGGGAGGAAAGGUGAGAUUGGCGACCCUUGGGCCUGCGAGUGGGCACGGUUACUGCCAGAUGGGCCUGCAGAACCGACAACAGUGCAGGACGGGAUUGAGAAGUUGGUCUCGCCAUUCCGUCAGCUCUCUUCAGCUCAGGCGACCAAAGGUGCAGGGGAUCCUUCUACUGGCCUUAAGCUACCUUAUCUUCUUACUGUCAAGAUCACAGUAAUGGGGCGCGGGUACCCUGUCGAUUGUUCUCGAGUCUAUCGCUUGCCCUCGAACAACUCAGAGCUUCGAAGCAGAUGGCUAUCGCUAAUGCCAGGUCCGAAGACCAAUACAAAUGGCGUGCCAAGGAGGCAGCAAACUCGCAGCGGCGAUGACGUCCCUGAGCAUCUGCGACGAAGACAGCUUGCUGGUAAUCUACUCGAGCCACCAGCGACAAAGAAGAACGUCCCGACGGCAGCAGACAACGACUAUCCUCUAGUUCCUGACGAAACAGAUCUUAUUGGGUUUGUCACGACGGGCAACUACAAUUUGGCUGAGGGCAUGCCGACUGCUGUUGCCAAUCUCGCUCUCCACAAAAUUACUCUUGGUACUAGAGAAGCCGGACAGAAGGAGGAUCACAUCUGCAUUGUCAGGGAGCCUGGGCGCACUAUAGGUAGGCUUGCGAGGUGGGAAGUCGUGUAG